UCGGGGAGCAGAAUGUUCAGCAAUCUUUCGACCUUACCUACGAUGAUCAGUUUCAAUAUUUUGAAUCUAUACAAGAUGAUUUAAGGUUAAUUCAAACUAGCGAGUCAAGUUAUUACUGGAUGACCGAAGGAGAGAUCCUUGAUUUGAUUAGGAACAAAACAAAAUUUAUGGAUAUAACAGAUUAUAGAGAGUUGGGAACAAUUUAUAAGACGAAAAAAAAGCAAGAGUUCCCUGCUGGACCUGCUUUUUACGACGAGGUUACUCCCUUCAUUGGCAACCUUACCACCGAAUAUAUGCAAAAAAAUCUUGAAAAAUUCACCUCCUUCCGAAACAGAUAUUUUCGUUCAAAAUUCGGUGCUCAAUCCUCAAACUGGCUCUUCGAACAAGUUUCAAAUAUUGUAAAAGGCGCAAAACUUGAUGCAUCCAUAUCAGUUAGUCAGUUUGAACACAAAUGGCCACAGAAAUCUAUUAUUGCAAGAUUUGAAGGCAGUGAUCCAGAAAAGGACAACGAAGUCGUUAUAGUGGGGGCACACCAGGAUUCAGUAAACAUGUGGAUGCCCUACUUUGGUAGGGCACCAGGAGCUGAUGAUGACGGGAGUGGUACAGUCACAAUUCUAGAAGCGUUUCGCGUAUUGGUUGAAGGAAAUUUCAGGCCUAAGCGAACGGUUGAAUUUCACUGGUAUUCCGCUGAAGAAGGCGGACUUUUGGGUUCGCAAGAUAUCGCCUUGAAAUAUGAAAAAGAAGGAAUAGAUGUAGUAGGCAUGUUGCAGAAUGACAUGACGGGAUAUGUUGGCAAAGAGGGGACCGAAUCACUGGCAAUCAUUACGGAUUAUGUUGACACCGGUCUUACUGAAUUCCUCAAGUCGCUCGUAAAUACGUACGCAAGUAUUCCAUCAAUUGAAUCUAAAUGCGGAUAUGCUUGUUCGGAUCAUGCUUCGUGGACAAAGGCAGGAUAUCCUUCCGCAUUUGUCAUUGAGGAUUCCAUGGAAGAUACUAAUCCGUAUAUUCACUCUUCGGACGAUUUGAUUAAACAUCUCAGUUUCGAACAUAUGCUCGAAUUCGCAAAGCUAUCCGUCAGUAUGGCCAUCGAAUUGAGCUAUAUCUAG